AUGUUCGACCCGCUGAAGCUUGCUUCUUAUGACGACACCCUUGUGCCGGCCAUUGAAGGAAAUGAUUUGGUUAACUUCUCACUUAUCAUUCAGUCGAUGCGUCCCUGUAAGCGUCAUCUGCGAACAAUAGUGCACGAGGCAGUUAUGAUUUGGAUGAACGAGGUGAUUCCUCAAAACAUUCGAUGCAAGUAUACGCCACGCCGAAAUCCUCAAAAAGGUAAUAUUGCAAUUGAAGCGCACAUAAUCAAUACGUUUAUUGAAUUACUUUUACAUUGUAUAUCAAUCCCGGACACCGAAGAGAAGAUGAUGCGAAUUGCCGUUACAGUAAUCACGGAAAAUUAUAUCGAAUACUUAUGUAAUCGCGCAAGGAGGCUGCGAAUUGAGGAGGAGCUCUCGAACUCGCGCCAUAGUUAA